AUGACUUCAAGCAAUGAAGAACCGAUAUCGCAUCUUAAUGUCUCUCCUUGCCCCCCCCCCCCCCUACACACAGCCCAUCCUUUUUCCACACGGUUUUAUCCCACAACCCCAAGGUCCACCUCAACCCCAAGGUCCACCUCAACCCCAAGGUCCACCUCAACCCCAAGGUCCACCUCAACCCCAAGGUCCCCCUCAACCCCAAGGUCCCCCUCAACCCCAAGGUCCCCCUCAACCCCAAGGUCCCCCUCAACCCCAAGGUCCACCUCAACCCCAAGGUCCCCCUCAACCCCAAGGUCCACCUCAACCCCAAGGUCCACCUCAACCCCAAGGUCCCCCUCAACCCCAAGGUCCCCCUCAACCCCAAGGUCCACCUCAACCCCAAGGUCCACCUCAACCCCAAGGUCCACCUCAACCCCAAGGUCCACCUCAACCCCAAGGUCCACCUCAACCCCAAGGUCCACCUCACCCCCAAGGUCCCCCUCAACCCCAAGGUCCCCCUCAACCCCAAGGUCCCCCUCAACCCCAAGGUCCCCCUCAACCCCAAGGUCCCCCUCAACCCCAAGGUCCCCGUCAACCCCAAGGUCCACCUCAACCCCAAGGUCCACCUCAACCCCAAGGUCCACCUCAACCCCAAGGUCCCCCUCAACCCCAAGUUAUGGAAUGGUCUGGGUACUUAGAACUGUGCCAGACAGCUCAGGAGCCAAGCAAGAACUUGUGUUAAGAGCUUUUACGUAUGAAAGAUUUUACGCCGAACACAAGCGAACUCUGCAAACCCAGUCGAUUGCAACUCAAGCUUGGAUCUUCCGCAAGCUGCAGGUCCAAGAUGCUGCAAGGUUUCUGAAACAGGAUAAAAAUGUCUGUUGA